AAUGUGAAUAAUGUCUUUGACCAUACUGAUUACGUAGGCUGACGUAACUUCCUUAGCUGACUCAACUUCCUUUGUUGACACUACUUUCUUUGAACCUUUAGCUGACGUGGCACUAACAAGAUAAACAGAGGCGGAAACGGUUUGGCUGAUCAGAUGACCCUUCACACUGAUUCUUCUCUCCCUUCAUCCCUCAAUAGCAAUAUGGACAACACUGGGAACCUUCCCACCCCGGAACCACUCAGGAUGAAGCCCUGGCAUGAGCAGGUCACUCAGGACCUGAGGGACCACUUAGUCCACAAGCUAGUUCAAGCCAUAUACCCCACACCAGACCCUGCAGCACUGAAAGACAGUCGCAUGGAUAACAUGGUCGCUUACGCUCGUAAGGUCGAAGGGGACAUGUUUGAGUCUGCCAACAGCAGGGAUGAGUAUUACCAUUUACUGGCUGAGAAGAUCUACAAGAUCCAAAAGGAGAUGGAGGAGAAGAGGAGGUCCAGGUGCAACCAGGUUCCACAGCAGCCUGGCCACCAAGCCCUCACACCACCAAGGAUGGGACAGUUUAAUCCUGUCACAAUGCCAGACGUACAGAUGUCUCAGCAAGGAGUAAUGAAUCUCACGAUCACUGAUUAGGCCAACUUCUCAUUAACCCACAUUAAACAAAUAUGUAUAUAACUGCCUGCAUUAAAACCUGUCUGUUAUGAAGCAAAAUAUCUCAUGUUAACUGCAAUAACUUUUGUCAAAGUUGUUCUGGAAAUCUAAACUCCACGAUAAACCUUAAACAUAUUUUAAACAGCAGUGCACAACAUAAAUGAUUUUUGGCAAAAAGUAAUUUAUUUGAAAAAGAAUUAGGGAUUCAUCUUUUUUACGAAGUUACAAAAGUUAGUCAGGAGCAUUGAAUGAUUUUUUUCUUCUUUUGUUAUUUAAUUAACUUUAAAGACUUCAACAGGUUUGGCUUAUUAUAAGAAUGAAUACAAUACAAUGUUUAUUUGUUUAAGACAUACAGUAACCAAUUGUUUACAUUUAUACAUUUAUACAUAUAUUUGGACGUUUAAAAAAAAAAAAUCAGUGGGUAUGAUGUGCAGCGCAUUUUAAAGUUCAAGGCGGCAGUCCAGUGAAACAUGUGAACCUAAUAAUCAUUGUUGUGUAAGAUGCAAAUUAUCCAACCUUUAUAGGACAAACCGGGCCCUAUGCAUAGGCAGUCCUGAUGGGCCCCCCCAAUUUUUUCAUUUUAGUUUUCUAAUCACUACAUGAACAAACUGUAUGAUAAUCAAACAAGACUUGAUUUAGUCUUAUUUUAUUUUACUGAAUGAACAAGACAUUACAUUUUUACAUUACUUAGAACAUCUAUUUUUAUUAUGCUUUGUUACUUUAAGGCAUAAAUGAAAUUUUAAAUAUGCCAUUUUAGUUUUGUAAAUUAACAAAAAGCUCUAUUAAAAUAUAAAAAUAAAAGACAAACAAAACUUG